GUCGUACGAGACGUCAAAAAAAAACGAAGAUCAAGAAAUCGGUAUGGAGGAGAAUAUUGUGGAGAAAAAGGAUAAAGAAGUAUUGGAAAAGAAUGCGGAGGAUGGGAUUUGUAAGGAAUCGUUUUUGAACGAGGAAAAACGGAUGGAUAAUGGGGAAUUUACUGAGAGAGAAGCAAAUCAUGAAGAUAGGGAAAAAGGAGAAAAAAUAGGGAAUAAAGGGGAUUUAAUGAGUAAUAAAAUUGGAACGGAUAAGGGAUCGCUAGAGAAUAUAACGUUGUUGAAAACGAACAAAAGAAAACGGUUAUCUCAGGACCGAGUUGGUCAAUUGGAAGAUUUGAUUGCUAUGGAUGACAAGGAUUCGUCAUCAUGGCUGAAAUUGAUUAAGGAAUAUCAAGAUAAGAACAAGAUUGAGGAGGCGAGGAAUGUAUAUGAGCGAUUUUUGAAAGUUUUUCCUACAGCAGCACAACAAUGGAUUGAUUAUGCAGACAUGGAAUUAGCAAAUAAUGAGUUUAUUCGGGUGGAGACGAUUUUUUCGCGAUGUUUAAGGUCAGUUUUAAGUGUAGAUCUUUGGAAGUUUUAUUUGGAUUAUAUUCGUCGAAUUAAUAAUGUUUCUACUGGAGGAGCUCAAGCCCGAUCGGUUAUAUCACAAGCAUAUGAGUUUGUUUUAGCACAUAUUGGAAUUGACAAGGAUUGUGGUUCAAUUUGGUCAGAUUAUAUUAAUUUUGUGAAAACAGCAGAGAAAAAUUCCAUGUGGGAAGAGCAGCAAAAAGUAGAUCAUAUUCGUCGUAUUUAUCACAAAGCGAUAUGUAUUCCAAUUGCAAAUAUUGAAACUUUAUGGAGAGAGUAUGAUGCAUUUGAAAAUAAUUUCAAUAGAUCUACAGCUAGAAAAUUUCUUUCAGAAAAAAGUUCAAGCUAUAUGAUGGCUCGAACUGCAUGGAAAGACAUGGCUACCAUAACAGCUGGAUUCCGUGCUACUAAUAUUCCAAAAGUUCCUGUCUGGACCGAAAAAGAUGUCGAAGAAGUUGAACAAUGGAAAAAAUGGAUCGAAUGGGAAAUGUCAGAUCCUUUGGAUCUCAAAUUAAAACCUGCAAUUGUUACACGAGUGAAAUAUGCAUAUAAACAAGCUAUGAUGAAUCUAAGAUUUUUCCCUGAGAUUUGGUUUUCUGCUGUUGAAUAUUGGUUAUCUUUAAACGAGGAAAAAGAAGCUAUUGAAAUAAUGAGAAAUGGCAUAGCUGCAAAUCCUACUAGUUAUUUACUUCACUUUCAAUAUGCGGAUUUUCUCGAGCAAAAUAAGAGGUUUUCAGAAAUGAGGACAAUUUAUGAAACACUUAUUGAAAACCUUUCAAAAGAAUUUAAAAAGAUUUCAUGUUAUAUGGAAAAUAGGGUAUCAGAAGUCUCUAAAUAUCUAGAAUACAUGACUCCUCAGGAUCCUGCUGAAGAAGGUGAAAUACAAAAAUUAACCCCAAAAAAAGAAAUACAAAAUAUUCAGAAACAAGGAAAAGAAGAAUUAAAUAAAUUAACAAAAAAUAUUUCUAUUGUAUGGAGUGUUUUCAUGAGAGCGGUUAGACGUACAGAAGGUAUAAAAGCAGCAAGACAGAUUUUUGGAAAAGCCAGGAAGGUGCCUAAUCAAGCAUAUCAUAUUUAUGUAGCUUCUGCCUUAAUGGAAUAUCAUUGUAGUAAAGAUUCUACAAUAGCUAGCAAGAUUUUUGAUUUAGGAUUAAAAAGUUUUGGAGAUGAUCCUGAUUUUGUUCUUCAUUACCUAACAUUUUUAAUAAAUAUUAAUGAUGAUACAAAUGCGAGAGCUUUAUAUGAAAAAACAAUAACACAUCUUGAUCCUCAAAUAGCUAGACAAUUGCAUGAAAAAUUAUAUACAUAUGAAUCCAUGUUUGGUGAUCUUUCAACAACUGUAAAAAUACAGUCAAGAAUAGCUGAACUUUAUCCUGAUGAUUCCUCCAUAUUACGGUUUUCUAGACGAUUCAAAUUUUACAAUUCAAAUGCGAUUUUGGAAAAAGAUUUAGGAGUAGCAUCUAAACCUUCAAUUAUCUCGGAACCUAUAGAAAUACACGAUAAUGGUAUUUUACAAUUGAAUCUUGAUAUUAGAAAAAAGAGUUUAGCUACUUCUUUAUUAACUACAAAUGAUAAACUUUUGAGUCUUCCUGAGCCUAUUUUAUAUUUUUUAAGUAUUCUCCCACCCGCUUCUUCAUAUACUGGAGCCACUUUCAAAAUUGAUGAACUCAUAAAGUUGAUUUCUGAAACAGAAGUCCCUACAUCUGUAAAAAAAAAAAUAACAGCAUCGAAUUAAUACGAAUUUAGAUCAUUUCAGGCACUGAUAUUGAAAUUUGAUUCU